UAAGUGAAAUCAGGCUUGUGCUCAUAUACUAAACAACCUUACUUUUUAGGUGAUCUUGAAUAGCUCGCGAGUAGUCUAGCUUGUCUACAACUCUAGUUUUAAACAAGUGAUAAGCUUUUUUGUGAUAAAAGUUAAACAAGGAGCAUUUUGAGAUAUAAUAAUAGUUGGUCAAAAAAGUUGAAGAAAAAUAAAGGGUCCAUUUCCAAGAACCUUCCGACUUUGGCCGUUCAAAAAAAAUAAAAACCUUGCGACUUAUUUAAUCGAAAUGAUGUGUAAAAGACACAAAGUAGUUGUACCUACCUAAACAUAAUAAUAUCUUUAUAUGUAUUUACUCACAUACACAUUACACACACACACACGGAGACUCUGAACCAGAGAAACAAGACCAUCUCAAAACACUCAUCAUCAACAAUGGCUGCUGAACUCAUGGAGACUCUGAAAGAAGCUAUAACCGCCUACACCGGACUCUCUCCCACUACUUUCUUCACUGUUCUCGCCGCCGGUAUCGCCGUCUACUACAUCGUUUCCGUUUUCUUCAUGAGAGGCUCCUCCGAUCACCGUCAACAACACAGCCCAAUGUCUUCCGAACAAGACAGAUCAAUAGCUGAUUCUUCAUCCUCCUCUUCUCAGUCGAUUCAUCAUGAGGUCUUUCUGAGUUUUAGAGGAGAAGACACCCGCAGGAACUUUGUGGAUCAUCUCUACAAGGAUCUUGUACAACAAGGAAUCCACACAUACAAGGAUGAUGAAACACUUCCUCGGGGUGAGUCAAUCCGUCCUGCCCUCUUGAAGGCGAUCCAGGAAUCACGGAUAGCUGUUAUUGUAUUCUCGGAAAACUAUGCGGACUCAUCUUGGUGCUUGGACGAGCUUCAACAUAUUAUGGAGUGCAUGGACACGAGAGGGCAAAUUGUUGAGCCCAUAUUUUAUUUUGUAGAUCCAUCGGAUGUGAGAAAUCAAAAUGGGAAAUACAGAAAAGCAUUUUCCAAACAUAAGAGGGAAAAUAAGCACAAAGUUGAAUCAUGGAGAGAAGCCCUCAAAAAGGCAGGCAACCUAUCUGGAUGGGUCAUCAAUGAAAACAGUUAUGAAGCAAAAUGCAUCAAAGAAAUUGUUGAUACAAUUUCUAAGCGGUUGCCUACACUAACUACAAACGUCAAUAAAAACCUCGUUGGAAUAGAGGCACGCUUGCGAGAUCUAAAAUCAAAGUUGAACAUUGGGUCAGACGGUGUACGCAUUGUCGGGAUAUGGGGGGUUGGAGGUGGCGGUAAGACUACUCUUGCAUCUGCUGCUUAUGCCGAACUCUCUCACCAAUUUGAAGCUCACUGCCUUCUUCAAAAUAUCCGUGAGGAAUCAAACAAGCAUGGUUUGGAAAAGUUGCAAGAAAAAAUUCUCUCAAUUGUUUUGAAAACAAAAGACAUUGUGGUAGGGAGUGAGUUAGAAGGAAGAAGCAUGAUAGAAAGAAAGCUACGUAGUAAAAGGGUUUUAGUUGUUCUUGAUGAUGUUGAUGAUGUUAAGCAACUAGAGAAGUUAGCCGGAGCGCAUGAUUGGUUUGGUGAAGGGAGCAGGAUAAUAAUUACAACUAGGGAUGAGCAUUUGCUAACCCGCCAUGCAGACGAAGUAUAUGAAGUGAGCUUGUUAUCACAUGAUGAGGCUAUGGAGCUCUUUAGGAGACAUGCAUAUCGGAAAGAUAAACCUAUAGAAGAUUACGAGAUGCUUUCAGAAGAGGUAGUUUCUUAUGCUGGUGGGCUCCCUUUGGCACUUGAAGUUCUUUGUUCUUUUCUAUAUGAUAAAAACAAGGAUGAGUGGAAGUGUGCCUUGGCCAGGUUAAAAGAUAUCCCAGAUGAUGAGGUCAUAAAGAGACUCAAAAUAAGUUAUGAUGGACUUACAGCUGCUGAGAAAGUGUUAUUCUUAGAUAUUGCAUGUUGCUUUAAGGGAGGGUAUAAAGAUGUGGCAAUGGAGGUGCUUGAUGCUUGUGAUUUACACCCUGGUAUAGGGAUAACGGUGUUGGUACAAAAGUCUCUCAUAAAGGUUAAUUCAGAUGAUGAAUUUGAGAUGCAUGACUUGAUAGAAGAAAUGGCCCACUGCAUUGUUAGAGGGGAACACCCUAAUAAUCCUGAAAAGCAUACCAGGAUUUUGAAGAAGGAAGAUUUAGCAUACCUCUGUGACUUGGGGGCAGAUCCACCGCCAAUGGAAACUGAAGUGUUACUUUACAGCCUUCCAUGUCUAUCUAAUGUUGUUGCAAAAAUGAAGAAACUUCGGUGGAUUCGUUUGUAUCACUAUCCAGCAUCUUCAUUCCCAUCAAAUUUUCAGCCAAAAGAGCUUGGUUAUCUAGAGUUAUAUGGGAGCCAACAAAAAGAACUCUGGCAUGGGUAUAAGGAAAUGCCAAAUGCUUUAAGGAAACUUUUGAUGAUAUUGCCAGAGCAUCUACCAAAUUUGAAAAUUCUUGAUCUUACUUAUUCAGAGAACCUAAUCAGGACACCAGAUUUUGAAGGCCUUCCAUGUCUUGAGAGAUUGAUUUUAGAGGGUUGUGAGAGUUUAGAAGAGAUUCAUCCAUCAAUUGGAUAUCACAAAAGGCUUGUUUACGUGAACAUGGAAGGGUGUUCAGGACUUAAAAGCUUUCCACCCAUCAUACAGAUGCAAAUGUUGGAGACUCUUAUUCUCUCUGAGUGUCAUGAACUUCAACAAUUUCCGGAUAUCCAGUCGAACAUGAGUCUACCAAAUUUGAAAGUUCUUGAUCUCUAUGGUUCAGAGAAACUAAUCACGACACCAGAUUUUGAAGGCCUUCCAUGUCUUGAAAGAUUGAUUUUAUUCGGUUGUAAGAGUUUAGAAGAGAUUCAUCCAUCAAUUGGAUAUCACAAAAGGCUUGUUUUCGUGGACAUGAUGUGGUGUACAGCACUUAAAAGCUUUCCACCCAUCAUACACAUGAAAAAGCUGGAGACUCUUAAAUUCUAUGAUUGCAAACAACUUCAACAGUUUCCGGAUAUCCAGUCGAACAUGGAUAGCUUGGUAACCCUUGAUUUGAGUUGUUCUGGUAUAGAAAUAAUCCCACCCUCAGUUGCACGAUUUUGUACCAACCUUGUUUCUUUUAAUUUAUCUCAUUGUCACAAACUGAAAAGGAUAGAGGACAGCUUUCUUCUCUUAAAAAGUUUGAAAGACCUGGAUCUCAGUGGUUGUAUGGGGUUACAAUCUUUUCAUCAAGACCGGUUGGUGAGCCUCAAGCUACCUCAGUUUCCACGUUCAUUAAGGGAGUUGGAUCUUAGUUUGUGCGAAUUGGGAGAUGGAGACAUCCCAUCUGAUAUAUUUUGUGAGUCAUUAAACCUACAGGUACUAGACCUAAGUCGUAACAACUUUUCAAGAUUACAUUCCAGCAUCUCACAACUCCCGGGUCUCAAGCUCCUCAAUUUGUCAGGCUGCAUAAACCUUGUAGAAUUGCCAGACCUCCCAUCAAGCAUAGCUAUUCUCAGAGCAGAUGGUUGUGACUCACUUGAAAUUGUAAGAGAUUUAUCAUACUAUAAAUGGUUGUGGAAAGUCUCACUUUUGGGGGUGGUGAAACUGAAUAACAGGGUACUACUUUCUAUGCUUGAGGAAAAUGCAGUUAAAGAUCGCUUUAUGAGUGUCUCACUUCCCGCGGUUGAACCAUCAAGCAUUUAUACCAAACUUGUCACAUUGCAACUUCCACACAACUGGUACAGUGACUUUAGUGGAUUUUUAUUAUCAUUACGCGCUCCUGAUUACUAUUACUAUUCGUAUCGCAUAGUAAUUAAGCAGAAGAUGUCCACGGAUCACUCUGAAAAGUCUGAUGAAGAUUGGGAACAGUGUAAGUUUGGUGAAGAUCACUCUGAGAAGUUUAAUAACGAUUUGGGACCAUAUGACUCUGAAAGCGUGGGCACGGAUUACUCUCACGAGUCUGAUGAAGAUUGGGAACAACGUAACUAUGAAAGGGUGGGUUAUGUACCCUUUAGUUCAUUGAGGCACAUCCCAUGGUUCAAUCCUACAUACACUCAAAAUAUUUCAUUUCAGGCUAAAGAUAUAUAUGAAGAUAACCCGGGUCUUAAUGUAGAACUUGUUCGUAGUAAAAGUAAAAUAGGUGAUUUAAACGAACACCCAAUCGAUUACUCAGAGUGUUGGGAUGAAGAAUUUGAAGAUGACAAGACAUUUGAGAUCACAUAUGAUUCACAGUCCUCUGAAACACAGAUUUCAUGGAAACAUUGGUAAUCGAUCUCAGUUUCAAAUUUCAAACAUUUGCCAACAUUUUGUUACCAUUUAAAGUUUGGUUUUGCUUCUCCAGCAUCAUUGCAGCCUAAAAAAAGUUGUAAUAAAUUUUCCUUUAUUAUCUCGUAAGACUUCACAUUCUAUAUUUUGUUCAUUACCAGGUUU